UUCCUGAAAAUCAAUGUAGCAACCAUCUAUAUUUUAGUAAGUAAUCUUAAUUUUAAUGAUGCAUAGUAUUAUCUGAAUAAAUUUCCUUCACUUCUUGUUUUGAACCCUACAACUCCUUCUAACCUAAAGCAUUUUCCUAUUGAUGAAAAUGCUAUAUUUUGCAUUAAUUUUAACAUUAUAUGUAAGAAGCAUUUGAAGAAACUUACAUCUGUUUUAAUCUGUAUGUAAUUCUAUAUAUAAAGCUUAGACCAAUAGUUCCUAUCCUGUGAUUAGGAAUGUUAUAGUGGACCAGACAACAUCCUUGCCAAAAUAACAUUUUAAAUGACUGAAUAAUGACAAAGAUCUUGGGAGACCAUCCUAUCUUGCAAAGAUUUGAACAAAAAUAUUAAUGUCUAUGAUGAUCGAUCAUUUAUUAUCUCACAUGAUUUCAGGUAACAACAUUAAACAUGUUAUUUUUAAAAUUAAGAUUAUUUGAGACUCCUAUGGAGGAGAUAGGGAGACUGCCCUGCAGUAUGGUGGGUUUUAACGGUCUGCAUAAAUAAAAGAUUGCUAGCCAUUGGCAAAGAAAUAUUUAAAUGUUUUAUUUAUAACUAGCUUUUCAACUAUGAUGUGUAAAUCUAUUGGAAGAAUUUUUUUCUUUUGAUUUGUUCCUUGCUCAGAUCAAAACAUCAGUUUCUGUAAUUCAAAAUUAAUAAGUUUAUUUAGCACUUAGGUCAAAAGCAUUGAGCAACCUUCUUUUAUGUUAAAUUUGCACAUACCUAAUUCUAAAAUUCUUAGGUUUAAUUGCUCUAAUAAGGAAUAGCCUGAUUAGUUUCUGUUCUAAUUGGUACAGUGUUUUCUCUGUUGCCUCAUUCUUUCCUUAUCUGUCUAUGUCAAUCUCUCAUUUCUAUGUAGUGGCAAACCACUAACUUCUCUUCUAAAAUCAUGUUUGUUUAGCUUUUUAAUAACUACUUUCCAAUAUAUCCAAUAUUUGCAUACUUGAAUUGUGGUUUCAAUAUUGCCAGAAAGGCACUAAGUGUUACCUUCAGGUGCAUAAAGUUUUUUUCCUCCAAGCAGGCAUUCUUUAUUUUUUUUAAUCAUAAAAUAUAAAACUGCUUACUUUUUUUAGAUGAAAUUUCCAUUAGAUUCACAUUUCACACAAAUUUUAGAGUACUUUAGCUUUUCCAUUACACCACUAUGCUCACUAUUGUUUCAUUUCAUCUCAAAGUUCAGUAAAAUACUUUAUUUUUAACUGGAUUAUAUUUAAGUCUAUCUUCUUGGAAAGACAAUGGUAAGAAGGUAUUAAUCCAUUAAUUUCUCACCACUAGCCUAUGAGGCAGACUAGAUUAAGUGUGAUUUUGCCCCCACCCAUCCUUAAUUUUUAAUCAUAAUCAACUGGCUUUCCGGAAAAAAGAUGCUUCCUCUUGGUUUCUGAUUUAUGAAAAAUAAUGAAUUUUAAUUUUCAUUCUAGAAAGCUUAGAAGUCAAAGAAGAACCUCAAAAAGUUAAAAUAAAAUGAAUUGAUUUCAAAAGGUAUAACUGGAAUGGAAUUACCCAAGAUGGAAAAUAAUAUAAGUUUAUGUGGAGAUAUAGCAUACAUCAAAUACCAACAUCCUGGUGGUGAUUCUCCAGACGUCCCAAGGACAGUGAAGCAAUUUGUAAAGGAAGAUAUUUUACCACAGAGUAAAGAGAGAACAAUUGCUCGAGAGACUUCAUCAAAAUUUGAAAGGGUUCCAUCACAUGUAAGAAGAACAAAAUCUUCUCCAUCGUAUGGUAGACGUCCAAGACGUGGACCAUCACACAGAAGACGCCAACACAUGGUAAAUGUUAUUGAAGAUUCAGGUCCAUUUGCAGACAAAGCUGUUCGCAGAACCUUUCUUUGGAAAUUAUAUCUCAUGUUGGCAUUUCAACUGGGUUAUACUGAUGCUAUAAUAUGUAUGUUCAUCUACUGGAAAUACCUUAAAAUAUGGGUUCGGAGACGUCCAUGGUUUUGCUAUUCUCUCUUACCAGCAAUCCUGCUAAUUGUUAUUGCCUUAGCAUGCUGUGAUCAAGCCCGAAGAAAAUUUCCUUUGAAUAUCAUUUUAUUAGCAUUAUUUACAAUCCUUAUGGGUACAUGGCUUGGAUCCAUUGAUGCUUUCUUCGAUGCAGAUACUUUGAUGUGGACUGUUGGUUCUACUUCAUUAGUGACAUUGGGACUGCAUUUUUUUGCUCUUCAGACAAAAUGGCAACUUACCAUCACAAAUGGAAUAUUGCUAGUCCUGUUGUUUUCAUUAACCAUUACUGGAGUUCUUUGUAUCUUUAUGCAAUCACAAUUGACAGUAAUAUUUUAUUCUGGUGUUGGAACACUUCUUUUUGGCAUAUACCUAUUGGUCGACACACAAUUAAUGCUGGGAAAGAAGCAUCAUUACCGCCUGAAUCCAGAUGAAUAUGUAUUUGCAGUAUUGAAUGUCUACAUUGAUAUUCUCAAUAUGUUUUUAUUUAUUUUGAGAUUUGUUGGUUUCAUGAAGUGAACAGUAUGCUAUGUAGAUUGAAUAAAGAAGAUUGUACAAAAGUAAUGGUUUCAAGAGAACUUCCAGGCAGGAAAAAAAAUAGAACUAUGAAACAUUUAUAGAAUUUAUGCCAUAAUAACACUACAAAAAUUUGAACUGAACAAAUAUAAUUCACAUACAGUUAGUCCUUGGUUGAUUACCAUUUAUUCAGCUAGUCCCCAAAGUUAUGGUUGAUGCAGCAGUAACAUGAUAAAAAUUCAGCCAUUUACAACUUUAGGGGCAUUUCAGCUCUCCCACCCAUCUCUCCUCCUCCCCUCCAUCUUAGUCUUUUUCUACUAUCCUGCUCAAUGGCACUUCUUGCUGGUGCUGGCAGGGGUGGGGAUGAAUUGAAUUUUGCACAGUGGCAUAGGGAGUGCUGCCUCAAGUGACAGUCAACAGCCCUCCUUAUGCCACUGUGCAAAACUCAACUCAUCCCUGUAGGGAGGGCUGUUGGCUGUGGCUUGAGACAGUACUCCCCAGUGGCAGUAGUAGUGUGCUGGAGCGGACAUAAAGGCCCAGGAAUGGUGAUGGGCAAUUGAUAGAGCUGAACGUCCUAGUGCUGCCACCACUAAGGAGUGCUAUUAUACAAGAUGGCAGAGAUGGGGGAAAGAUAGGCAGAUGGGGGAAGCUGAAGAGGAGGAAGUCCCUUACUUUACCAAGGUUGGAGGCUGACAGGGACUAAGCUGGGAAUGGCUUGGCUUGGUUUGGUUCCUCACCUAAGGACCAGUGUUAAGGACUGAAACAGGGACUGAAAUUGUGAAAUUGUACUUUUCAACUGCAUCACUUAGACCGAAAUUCUGGUCUCAAAUACCCAUAUCAACCAAGGACUACCUGCAAAUGUAGUAUAGAAAAUGUCACAAUGUAAAUAAAACUAUCCACAUAUAUGUAAUAUUUGCGAAAGACUUAAGACAUUUUAUAAUCUAACAUUAGAAUAAAGGUUGACACCAACUUUAUUCAUUUAUCCUUCUUAUAAUGUUUAUUAAAUCUGUUAACAAUAAACAUUUCAAAUGAAUGAGUGAUUGAUAUUUCAGGGCAAAUUUGCACUUCAAUCAGUAUUCCUUUCUGGUUUCAGUUUAAAAAAUGCACAAGUAACUGAGAUUUUUCUAAGCAGAACUGUUAACAGUGCUAAUUUAUUUUCAUUAGAGUUUCAGCUGUUAAAUGCUUAAUUAUUUUUGGACUAUUUCUGUUCAAAGUACCUAUUUCCAAUGUUAUACAAUGUUUGAAAUACAGAAUAGUGGGUUUGAUCUCAUUCCUUUCUGCAUUCAGAUGUUUUCUGCUUCAUGGCGUUUGGUUUGGUUUUAUAGGUAGCCCUUGACUUAUGGCCAUAAUUGAGCCUUAAUUUUCUGUUGCUAAGUGAGACAGUUAAGUGAAUUUUGCCCCAUUUUACAACAUUUUAACCACAGUUAAGUGAAUCACUGCAGUUGUUAAGUUAGUCACAUGGUUGUUAAGUGAAUCUGGCUUCCACAUUGACGUUGGUGAUCACGAUCCUGACUUGCUGCAACCAUCAUAAAUAUAGUAAAUUAGUUGCCAAGCAUCUGAAUUUUGAUCAUGUGACCAUAGGGAUGCUGCAAUGUAUGUGUGAAAACUAGUCAUAAGUCACUUUUUUCAAUGCAGUUGUAACUUUGAACAGUCACUAAAUGAAUGGCUGUAAAUUAGAGGACCACCUGUAUUGCAGAUGAUGUUUGUUCUUUACACAGAAACAAACUACUUCUGUGCAGCAUAAGAAUUAUUAGUGAAACCCUCUACUAGAAAAUCUCAGCAAAUUGUUGCAUACCAGUGUGAACUUUUUUUUAUUCCAAACACCAUUCUUUCAUUUAAAAUAAUAUUUGGUAAAGAAAUACAAGGGAUAAAAGGAAUUAGUUUAAGUAAUAAAUGUUUAAUCAAAAUUUUUACAUAUUAUUAAUAGCAUUCAUUUGGCCAAACAUCUAUACGGUUGUAAUAUCCUACUGUAUAUAAAGUGGGAAUGUAUCAAGUAUAUACUAUGAAAGUGCAAAUACCAUUUUCAAGAUUAUAGUAGUUUUGUUUUUCUUUAUAAAAUUAAUUGGUUUACAAAAUAGGCUUGCCAAACUUUCUUUCAGAAUUCUAAAUUCAAUUAGUGGGAUGGUCUUAAAUUUUUAAGUAUCAAGAAAAUACAAAUUUAAUAUGCUAAAUUUCAUGCUCAGAAUAAAUUUAACAAUGGAGUAUACUUCACAAUUUAAACCAAGUUACAGAAAACCAUAACCCACAAAUUUCACUAUCAUCACAGAAAGCACUCUUACAUAUCUUCUCUUAGCUUUGCAAGACAUCUUAAUGCAAUAUACAAAACCAUGUGAUAUUCUAUUUGGAAAUUAAAAUUCAAGGAAGUUGUAUGUGUAUUUAAAAUAUGUAAGACCAAUUAGUGAUGAUAGUGUCUUCAAGAUUUAUUUUAACUUAGAAAGGAUUCUGUAAUAGCUUUUUAAAGAGAUAAUUUUCCAAGACUAGAAAAAGGGAUUCAACACCAAUACUUUCAGGACAGGUCAGUUAGAAGCCAAGCUAGAAAAUAUAAUGGAGGUACAGCAUAUAAUAACAGAGAAGCAGACUACUCCUUCCAAAUAAAUGUCAAGAAACAAGAGUUUUUUAAAAAUGGAUUAAAUAGUUAAUAUUUAAUUUUAUGAGCCACAGGGACUGCAAGAUCCCAACAGUUAUGCUUAAAUGAAGGAUUUAACACUUUUUUUGUAACACCUAGUAAUCAAUAUAUAUACCUUUUCUGCCAUCCAAAUACCUUACUGUACACAAUCAGUAGCAAGUUUUUGUAUCAGACAUAGCAGAUCUCUCAUAUCAAGUCAAACGAAAAAGAAAUGGACUGUUUCAUUCAUUUUUGCUUCUGUUAACCUAGAUUUUGAUUAUAUGCAAGCAAAACAGUAAUUUAAAACAAUUACUUCUAGUUAAAGUUACAAUCUGCAUCACUAAUUUACAAUGAGGUUUUGAUGUUCUUAAGCCAAUUUCAACAAAACUUUUCUCCACAGUAGGACACUAUUAGGGAAGAUUUGGGGGUUGUUUUGUUUUUUGUUUUUAUUUUUUACAAAAUAUGAAACA